AGGCACGGGCCAGCGCUACCGCAAGGAUCCAUGGAAGAUUGUCUAUGGCUACCAGUUCAAGAGGAAUCUGCAGUGCACUGCCAAGCCCAAGCAGAAAGCCAUGCAAUCGAGGCAGGAAGCCGAGGCAGAGUGCAGCAAGGAUUCCAGCUGCAAGGGCUUUUAUUCACCCAAGUGUAACGAAUCUGUGGUGCUCUGUCUGGAUAUGGCCGACCAAGAAGCCAAUGGCGGUUGUGUCUAUGAGAAGCUGGAGAUUGGCGGCGGAGAGCAAUGCACCGGCACAGCGUCCGAGGUGACCGCAUGUAACAGCCAGAUCUGCUCGGUAGACUGCGUGAUGUCGGAGUGGACAGACUGGACGCCCUGCGAGAAGUGCACGCAAGUGCGGCGGAGGAACGUCACCCAGGAGAGCGGUGCUGGCGUGCCUUGCGGUAAGACGGAGGAAGAGAAGCCCUGUGGAACGCCCUGCGUGGAUUGCAGCCGGUCAGAAUGCGAAAACUCCACGGAGGUCUCUCAAUGCACACAGCCGGGCAAUUGCUCUACGAACUGCACAUGGGAGGACUGGAACGAUUGGACGGUUUGUUCCGCCAGCUGUGGUGAAGGGAGCCGAGUGAGGUUCCGCCUUGUGGCAAAGGAGGCCGUGGGGCCCCACGGUGCGGAGUGCACCGGCAAGCCCAAGGAAGAAGAAUACUGUGACCCUGGAAGUGAAUGUCCAGUUGAUUGUGCCUUCAACGACUGGAAGGACCAUCACAUUGCGAAGCUCUACUUGUAUUCUUUUGGUUCGCUGGAUGAGAGAUCCGUAGAUUGAGCAAAUGAUAUGCUGAGAGGGAAGCAAAAAGCAAACAUUCAACUUUCACACUGAGUUUUUGGAUUGCAAGCAUUGUGUGAACAGGUUUGGAGGCCAACGUUACUUGGUUGGAGACCAUCGCUAUUACGAGGCCAUUGCUACUAGGUUGGAGGCCAUUGCUACUAGGUUGGAGGCCAUCGCUAUUAGGAAUUGAAUUCUUAAUGAAUUGAAUCUUAAAAAAAUAUAUCGCAGUUUUUCGGACCAAGUUGCCCCCGCCAGUGAUUUGGAAGGGAUGGCUGAGGAAGCAACAUGGCUCUCCUUGACCAAAAGCCAAACGACCUCCGGCUCUUCAAGGGUACACGAGCUUCACUUGGCACAAUUUUUGAGGGAAGUCAGUGUCAAACCACAUAGCUUUCAGAAGUUUAUGGAGCUCCUUCGAGGGCACAGCGAAGCAAGCACAGCAGAGGGUGAUGAGGGUGAGGAGGUUCAGGACUCUUCUACGUUCGAUGAUCCAUGCGGCACAUGUGGUCAGGAGAUUCGAGCUUCUUCGAAAUGUGUCCUCAUGAGCUUCUCAGACACAAAGCGCAAAGCGAGCAAAGCGAGAAGAUGCGCUUCACUGAUGGUGAGCAUUUGAUGGACACUCCGAGAGAGGGGAGCAAGAUAGUAAAUCAUCGGCAAGACUGACUUUACUGCUUAUCCAAUUUUUUUUUUGUGUUUCAAUACUUCGGUUGUCGGCGAUCAGGUUGCAGGCAAGAGCCCAUAUAGAUUUCCUUCAGAAGUGCAGCAGUUUGGCAGCACCUAUCUGUUACUCUUUCAGCAUCGCUUUUGCUUUGCACCCCUGAAUUUUCUCAACCUUGCAGUUUUUUUCAAUCAGGGCGUGCUAGGAAAGCAAGUCAGGUGCUUGUUCGAAUUAGUUCUUAUUGCAAAACGCUGAAGCGCUGAGUCUGAGAAACCACCCAGCCAUCGCGCUUGAAAAAGA